AUGGCUCCUCAAAUUCCUGAGAAGCAAUGGGCGCAAGUCGUCGAAAAGAAAGGCGGUCCACCCAUCUACAAGCAAAUCCCCGUCCCCAAGCCUGGCCCCGAUGAAGUUCUGGUGAAGAUCAAGUACUCCGGCGUCUGCCAUACCGAUCUCCACGCUAUGAAAGGCGACUGGCCUCUUCCCGUCAAGAUGCCUCUGGUCGGCGGCCACGAAGGUGCCGGUAUCAUCGUUGCCAAGGGUGAACUGGCCGAGGGCGUCGAGAUCGGUGACCAUGCCGGUAUCAAGUGGUUGAACGGAUCAUGCCUGGCCUGCGAGUACUGCAAGACCGCGGAUGAACCGCUUUGCGCUACACCCCAGCUCUCGGGUUACACCGUCGACGGCACAUUCCAGCAGUACGCGAUUGGUAAAGCUGCCCACGUUACGAUCCUGCCGAAGGAUAUAGCUCUGGAUGGGAUCGCGCCGAUUCUCUGCGCUGGACUUACGGUGUACAAGGGACUGAAGGAGUCCAAUGCUCGUCCUGGUCAGACUGUUGCGAUUGUUGGUGCUGGUGGUGGUCUUGGUGUUAUGGCCCUGCAAUAUGCGAAGGCGAUGGGAUUGCGCGUUGUUGCUAUCGAUGGUGGCGAUGAGAAACGUGAUUUGUGCAAGAAGCUUGGCUCGGAGGCCUACAUCGACUUCACCAAGUCCAAGGACUUCAUCUCCGAUGUCAAGGCUGCCACACCUGAUGGCCUGGGUGCACACGCUGUGCUCCUGCUUGCCGUCUCCGAGAAGCCCUUUCAGCAGGCCGUUGAAUACGCUCGUCCCCGGGGUACAAUCGUCGCUAUCGGUAUGCCUGCCAACGCAUUCCUGAAGGCACCCGUCUUCGAGACUGUUGUCAAGAUGAUUUCCAUCAAGGGCAGCUACGUUGGUAACCGCCAGGAUGCUGCCGAGGCGGUCGAUUUCUAUGCUCGUGGCUUGAUCAAGGCACCAUUCAAGACUGUUCCUCUUGAGGAUCUCCCCAAGGUGUUCGAGCUGAUGGAUCAAGGGAAGAUUGCUGGCCGUUACGUUCUUCAGGUGCCAGAGUAG